CCACAAACCAGAAAGCAUUAUUGGCCUCUAAGCCCACCACCCAGCUCCAAACCCAGAAUACGUUUCUGGAAAAACCACCUGACCAGGGAAAACAAGAAAAAAGAAAAAGGCUCCAGCUUCGGAUCCCAUUUUCAGCUCUGACGGGGGUCCCAGCUCUCCUUCUCCUCCUCCUCCAGCUGCCGCCGUGGAUUUAUGGGCCAGUCAGCUUCUUCCAUCGCCGGAGCUCAAGCCCUUCAUCAUCACCAUCGGCCCAGCAAGCCCAGAUCCACGGCUGCCGUGAUCUCGACCGGCAUGAAAAUUCACAACUACAUCGAAAAUGACCCCGACGCGGACCCUGCUGACGUCUUCACCGGUGAAGGACUCGCCGAUUAUAUUUCUAACCUCCCCGACGAGUGCCUGGCUUACAUUUUCCAGUCCUUGAGCUCCGGCGACCGGAAACGCUGCUCAUUAGUGUGCCGCCGGUGGUUGUUAGUUGAGGGACAGAGCCGUCACCGGUUGUCGCUAAACGCCCAAGCGGAGCUGUUAACGUUUAUACCCUCGAUCUUCACGCGCUUCGAUGCGGUGACGAAGCUCGCCCUCAAAUGCGACCGCAGAUCUGCUAGUAUUGGUGAUGACGCGCUGGUUUUGAUCUCUCUCAAAUGCAGGAAGCUCACGCGCUUGAAGCUACGGGCUUGCCGGGAACUCUCAGAUGCCGGAAUCGCCGAAUUCACAAAAAAUUGUAAGAAUUUGAAGAAACUUUCCUGUGGGUCUUGUCACUUUGGUGCUAAAGGAAUGAAUGCUGUUUUAAAUAAUUGCGCUGGUCUCGAAGAAUUGUCAGUAAAACGCCUACGUGGCAUCACCGACGGGGCUGCCGCCGAGCCGAUUGGUCCCGGGGUGGCCGCGGCCUCACUAAAGGUUAUUUGUUUAAAAGAACUCUAUAAUGGGCAGUGUUUUGGGCCGAUGAUUAUUGGGGCGAAGAAUUUGAGGACCCUUAAACUGUUUAGAUGCUCAGGUGAUUGGGAUAAGCUGCUGGAGGUUAUAGCCGAUCGAGUAGAUGGGUUAGUCGAGGUGCAUCUUGAGAGGCUUCAAGUGAGUGAUGUGGGGUUGAUGGCGAUCUCAAAUUGUUUGAAUCUUGAAAUAUUGCAUUUGGUUAAAACUCCCGAGUGUACUAAUGAGGGUUUAAAGACUGUAGCUGAGCAUUGUAAGCUUUUAAGGAAACUUCACAUUGAUGGAUGGAAAACAAAUAGGAUAAGCGAUGAUGGGUUGAUUGCUGUGGCAAAGAACUGUCCAAAUGUGCAAGAGUUGGUGCUGAUUGGUGUCAAUCCUACUCGAAUGAGUUUAGAGAAAUUGGCUACUGGUUGUCUGAAUUUGGAGAGAUUAGCCUUGUGUGGGAGUGAGACUGUUGGUGAUGCUGAGCUUUCGUGCAUUGCCCAGAAAUGUAUUGCGUUGAAGAAGCUUUGUAUAAAGAGUUGUCCUGUGUCAGAUCACGGUAUGGAAGCGUUAGCAGGUGGAUGUCCCAACUUGGUUAAGGUUAAGGUUAAGAAGUGUAGGGCUGUCACUUCUGAAGGUGCAGAUUGGUUGAGGGCCAGUAGGGGAUCACUAGCAGUGAAUUUGGAUGCCACUGAACCAGAAAACAUGGAUGCAAGUGCUAGUGAUAGUGGGGCUCAGGAAGGUGGUGGUGCUGAGAAUCAUCAGGUGGGUGGCCAAGGUGGUCGAGCUAAUAUUGCUUCAAGCAGCACUGGGAGGUCAACAUCUUUUAAGGCGAGAUUGGGACUAUUGACAGGGAGGAGAUUAGUAUCUUGCACUUUCAGAAGGUGGUCGAGCUUUGGUGGUAGUUCACGAAAUACUUAGAGAAUGACUUAAACCAGGCAUUGGAGUGGGAAAAAAGGAACACUCUUGGCCUGUUUACAUUGUUUUGUGCUGUAUUUAUUGGCUCCUUUGUCAUUGGACUGCAGUUUCGUGUGUGGUUUUAAUGCCUUUUGAGAUUGUUAAUCUCCUUAUUGGGCCUUAUGGGAGUCUUUAAUGUUUUCCUUAUGGUUAUACCUUAUUAUACUUGUCAAGUAUAUCAUUCCUAGCGUUCCUGCCC